AUGGAAAAUUCAUGUGGUCACUGCCAUCUGGCGUUUAGCCGUCUGAAACCCAGCAUUUCUUGUGAUGGUUUUUGCCAGCAUAGCUACCACAUUUCCUGUGUUGGAGUCGUGACUGAGGUUCUAAAAGUGAUUAAAACGCCUGGACUUUUUUGGUACUGUGUGGAAUGUACUGAACGCAAAAAGAAUUAUGAAGAAUGGUAUAAAACUAAUUUUGAAGAAAGGGUCAACAAACUGGUUACUAAUGUAUUUGAUUUAUUUUCUGAGGCACAAUCUAAGUUAAUGGUUAAAGUUGAAGAAAAACUGGAAUCUAGUGUUGAUUGUCGUGUCGCGUCUGGGCAGUCACUUAGUUAUGCAAACGCUGUGAAAAAUAAUAUUGUCAAUGUCUUGGUGAAACCAAAAAAUGCAGGUCAAUCUAACACUGAAACCAAACUGAAAAUACAUCAGGCUGUUAAUCCAGUCGACAGCAGCAUCAGAUUUUCACAAGUGAAGCAUGUCAAAGAUGGUGGUUUGUUAAUAAAGUGUAACAGUUUUACUGAUGCUGAAAAACUCAUGAGUUUAGCGUCCCAGCAUCUCUCAGAUGAAUAUGAAGUAAGGGAGAUCAAGAGGAACAACCCUAGAUUAAAAAUCGUUGGCAUUUCUGAAAGCAUGUCGCUAGACGAAUUGCACUCUAAUUUGAUUACAUUGUACUUAAGAACUCCAGUGAAUGUAAAGUGUUAA